GUGAUCACACAUAGAUCAGGUCAUAAUGAGCAUAGAGAUAAUGAGCGCGUCUCUACGCCCGUGUUUUAAAAGUGUUUUAACAGCGCCCUGGUUUUUUUAAGAGCGCCCUUAAAUUUCGACAACUUGGCAUGGAAUGAUGAUGGACGAACAUUGUGAACUAAAAAACGGAGAAAUCUUUCAAAAUUAUGCUUGUUUACUUAACUGCGUUGAUGGAAAAUCUGAUAAAUUCUACCGCAUUCAAUUGUUAAGAAACGUCAACGGGUUUCACGUGUGGACAAGAUGGGGUCGAAAUGGGACAGAGGGACAAAGCAAACUAGAAGGCCCUAUUAGCCAAGCAGAUGCUGUGAAAAACUUUGAGAGGAAAUUUAUGGAGAAGACCAAGAAUGCAUGGAAUAAGCGUGAACAGUUUAAGGCUGUGAAGGGAAAAUAUACUUUAGUAGAGAGGACCAGUGGUUGUGUGGGAAAGGUCAGUUUGAACAUAUGGUUUGAACUGCCGGAAUAUAUAUAUUGGCAACCUUGUACCCAUACCUUGCAGAAGCCUGACCUUCCAGCUGAUCUUUCAUCAAACAUGCAACUGCCAGUUGAUAUAUUGUACACCAUCUUCUUACACCUUUCUCUGCGAGAUGUUUUAAGAUGCGUUCAAGUCUGCAAAUCUUGGAAGAUAUUGUUAAAUGACAAGUAUUUUUGGAAGAUGUACAUACAAAGAAAUUUUGAUCUUGGAAUUAAGUGUGACUUUUCAAAUGAAGGUCCAAUGGCACAGUGGUCAGAUAAAUGGCAUUGUUACUUUGAAGACGAUGUAGACAAUAAAGAUGAUAUCUAUGUUAUGCGUCCAUUUCCUUCCAUGUGGAACUGUCGAGUUGUUCAUCCCCAUGGCUUAGAUCCUUUGUCUGGUGAUGUCAAAACCUUGCAAGGUCUCUGCCGUUCCCUUGAAAUAUUGAUCUACAUGAGAAAUGAAUCGUCACGUUUGGGAAUGUGCAAUGACACCCGAUGUUCAGCAAAAUAUAAAGGGAAACAUGAUAUAUGUGCUGUGUUAUUUCCAUGGGACAAGGAAGAUCUACCAACACCACUUGAACUCCUAGACGAAAUCUUCCAUUUUCACCCACAAAUAUUUGCUUAUUAUUUCAAUUAUCCUAAUGAUAUGGGGGAGUUACAAGAAAACAAAUUAAACUUUCACCUAGUUCGAGAUAAUACGCCUGAUAGCUCAGAUUAUGAAGAGGACGAGGAACAUGACUUGGAUGAAAAGCCAUGUCUUAAUAGGAUUUGUGAAAUGGAUUUCCCUGAUAAAGAUACAAUGCAGAAGUUUGAAGAUUGCCAAAAGUUUUACAAAUGGUUGCAGCCUAUUAUGGAUCCGUCAUUGACUGUAUAUGCUGGUGAAGAGAAAUUUAAUCCUGUUGCAGUAUUCAUGGUGACGCACCUUGCCCCAGGAUGGGUAGGUGGUGCUUUAACUGCUGUGACUUAUACCUAAAUAUAGUAUAUUAUACAAAGUUCAUAUUUAAAUUAUGUCAGAAUGAGUGAAGUGAGUUAUGGAAGUUAUUCUAAUAUUCAAAUCCAAACGAGGUUGAAAAGGACUGCAGAGCAUAUUUUGUCAGACCGCCAAAAAAGAGAACUAUAUAUCGAACUAACACUCCCUACCUGAAGAGUGAAGUCCUUGAGUUUAUUUCUGAGUGCUCCAGUGUUAGACUGUUAGUGUGGAUAGAUCAGACUAUGGGCACAGGACCAAGACUCCAAGAGCAAGUCCUCCAGGAAUGUAAAAAUAGUUCAGUGAUUCAACCUCUACAGACUCUGUAAAAAAUAUUGAAAUUCAGAACUCAUUAUUUGUGGCCUUUGCAUCGUUAAUUGUUUUUUUUUGU